AUUUUAAGUUGUUUGUUCUGGCUUCUCGGCUCAAACGCGACUCUGCCGGGACCCGGGAGGCGCCCAGGCCGCCGCCGUCUCCGCAGCCACCGGUGGCGGGGAACGAGGCUGUGCCGCCGCGGACGCGCGUCCUCCCCUCGGCUCUCUGCGACCCGCUGUCCCGCGAGCCGGCGCCGCCGGGGGCCAGGAGGACUCGGAGCAGAUGCUUGGACUGAGAUAACUUUACUCGGGCUUGACUCGCCGCCGGAGGACCUUAGCGCAGGGCUCCCUCCCUCCCUCCUCCCCUCCCCAGCGCGGGGCCGCCGCUCUCCUCCUCUCCCGCUUUCUCUCUCUCCCGCCGCCGUCCCGUCCUCCCUCCGCCCGGGCGCCGAGCCGGACUAUGGGUCCCAGGUGGGGGCUGCGCGGCGGCAGCAGCGCGGGCGGCCCGGCCCCAGUGCGCGCCGCAGCGGGGAUGGCGGGGCUCGGCUGGCUGCUGGUGUUCUCUUGACAUGGCUCCCGCCCGAGCCGCGAGCAGCGCCCCCGCCGCCGCCUCUUCCGCCGCCGCCACCGCUCCGCCCGCGGGCUGCGGCUAAGGGCCCGCCCGCGACCCCUCCCUGCACCAUCCAAACUCGGGAAACAUGGUCUGUUCAACGUGAGCGCGCGGAUCCGGGAACUCCAUUUCCUUUUUUUUUUUUCGGGGGGUGGGGUGGGCGUCCUUAUAAAAAAAAAAGUAAUUAAUAUUAAUACAACUAUUUUAUUUCUUCUCCCCUCCCCCCCCCCUCCCACUGAUCCUUCCCGUUAACCCCGCCCCGCCUCCUGGACCCGGGCGGGAGUCGUUUCCACGAUGAGAUGAGCGAAGACCUGAGCGAUCCGGUGCCUCCCGCGGUGCGAGUGAGUCGUCGCCGCCGCUGACGGCAAAGGGGGCAGCGGGCCUGGGCGGCGGCAGGCAGGCGGGCAGGCGGUCCCCCCGGCGCGGCCUGGAUUUGGGAGAAGCACCCGCCCCCUUUGCCUCAGCGAUGCUCACGGUCCGGAUCGGGGACGGGUCCUAGGGAAGGCUCCCCCGGGGGCAGGUAGGGCUCCCUGGCAGGGCUCGGGGCGCUGUCUGACCACAGAGCCGGAGCGGUUCUCCAGCGUGUUCUCUCCCCUCCCCGCGCCCUCAGCCACCACCAUGGUCCUGGGCAGCAGCGUCGGCGGCCGCCUGCGGGCGGGGUGGCUGGCGGGCCGGUUGGAAAUGACUCCGCGGUUUCUGCUCCUGGCUCCUGUGGGCGACAGCUGCCGGCCCCCGGCAUGCACUGUAGUUGAUCGCAGGGAAACCCCGAGCCUCUCCCCUUCCUCCUCGACCGACUUUGCACUGUUGUCGUUGCUCACCACCAAGAGUAAUCACUAGCCAGCACUGACAAUACACAGCAAUAGCGAGGCCUGCGCCGGCGGGGACCUGACUCGGUUCUGCGGCCAUGGACCGGGCUGGGUAAAAUCCAAUUGGGUGUUUCAGUUUCAUUUGCCUUCCCUGUUUUGGUGUUUUGGGGAAGGUCUUUUUUUUUCUUUUUUUCCUUCUUCCUCUUUUUUUUCUUUUCGGUAUUUGGAAAGCAAGGAUCUCACUCCCCCCCCCCACUCCCUGAACCUUGUCAUCAUCCCUUUUCUAAAAGCGGGGAAAGUCCGGAUGGGUUUUAAGGAUUGGACUGGUGUCAGCGGUGUGUGGUUGCACACCUAAACCCUGAGAAUAGGCGUCUCCUUUCCCCCUCCCCCAGAGCCUAUAUUUUGGUACUUGAGCCAGAUGUGUUUUCCAAAAAAUUAGGUGAAGUUUUUCCUCCUCCUUCCUGCCUUCCUCCGCUUCCUCUCUCCCAUCUUCACCCCAAACGUUCCUGUCCGAACAUGGCUGGGCGGCACGGCGGGCUUCUGGACCCGGUGGCAUGACAGCCUGCUGAUCUUGCAGGGCCGUUUGGGGUGCAGCUGUGACUUUAGCCAUCCAAUCCUAUUAGCAGGGGAAAUGACUUGUUUCUGUUGUACUUGAGUCUUAAGAAAAAGUGCCCAUAGUUUAGCAACAAUUUCCAAAGGCUUUAGUACCACCUGUAUUUCAAAAUGGGGGACCCGAACUCCCGGAAGAAACAAGCGCUGAACAGACUCCGCGCUCAGCUUAGGAAGAAGAAAGAGUCUCUAGCUGACCAGUUUGACUUCAAGAUGUACAUUGCCUUUGUGUUCAAGGAGAAGAAGAAAAAGUCAGCACUUUUUGAAGUGUCUGAGGUUAUGCCAGUCAUGACAAAUAAUUACGAGGAAAAUAUCCUGAAAGGCGUGCGGGAUUGCAGCUAUUCCCUGGAGAGUUCCGUGGAGCUUUUGCAGAAGGACGUGGUACAGCUCCAUGCCCCUCGGUACCAGUCUAUGAGAAGGGACGUGAUUGGCUGUACUCAGGAGAUGGAUUUCAUUCUUUGGCCUCGGAAUGACAUUGAGAAAAUUGUCUGUCUCCUGUUUUCUAGGUGGAAGGGAUCUGAUGAGCCUUUUAGGCCUGUUCAGGCUAAAUUUGAGUUUCAUCACGGUGACUAUGAAAAACAGUUUCUGCAUGUACUGAGCCGCAAGGACAAGACUGGAAUUGUGGUCAACAACCCGAGCCAGUCCGUGUUUCUCUUCAUCGACAGGCAGCACUUGCAGACUCCAAAAAACAAAGCUACAAUCUUCAAGUUAUGCAGCAUCUGCCUCUACCUGCCACAGGAACAGCUCACCCACUGGGCGGUUGGCACCAUAGAGGACCACCUGCACCCUUACCUGCCCGAAUAGAGUGCUGACCAGCAAGAGGAGACAUCAGAGUGCAGCGGCAGUUUUUUCUUGUUUUCUUACCACUUUAUUCUUUCAGAGUUUAAAGAAAAUGGACUCAUGCACAGAACACUAUGCAUUUUGAAACUUGUUCAUCCUGGAUUUGUUUUUAAUCAUUUGUAUCUCAGAACUUAAAUUCGAUGUCUUCUGCACAGACUGUGUGAAAGAGGAUGCUCUGCAUCCGGGCUGCACUGCGUCAGCAUCUUAAAAUGUGAAGUGAGGACUAUGUGCACUGAAAUGCCGAUGUGUCUGAAAGCACCAGUGGUACUCAUGGUUGGCGGUCUCCCAUGUGUGCUGGUUUGCCUCUGGCAGCUGUCAUCAGUAUUUGGAGGGUGAGAAGGGAAUGUAACAGGUAUAAACAACACUUUAGAAACUUCAUAGCUUUGCUCGAAUCACCAUUGAUCCUGAGCACUGUCAGAUUCAUUUAAUAACCAGAAGUGGUUGUUCAAAAAAAAGAAAAAACAACCACAGGAAAGAAAUCUUAAAUGAAAAAAGCAUCUCAAUUGCAGGCAUUCUUGCCUCAGAUCUUACUGGGCCAUGUUUGUUUCCUGGUACUCAUAAAUAUGUGUGUUUUAUUUCCAGAUCGCUUUUCCAGGCUGCUGUUACAAAGUGUUCUGUGUGGACACAGUCAGACACAGGAAAGCAGAUCUGGAGCCUCGAGUGGCUAAUGCAGCUGUCAAAUCGAUUCACUCGUAGCUACAGAAGCCAGGAUAGGUAGAGGACUUGCCUUUUGGUUUUCGUUUUCUUUUCUGGUUUUAAAGAGAUUUUUAUUGCAAAGAAAAAAAUUCCAGUGAAUUGUGCAGAAAUACUGGUUUCUACACCAUCCUUAAGAAAAACUUACAAAGGUUUUUUUUGGGAGUAGGAAAAAGUUAUUGCAGUUGAAAUCUUAAAUUGU